AUGAUAAAUGUCAACACUUUUAAACCCGGGCUAACUUUUCAAGACGGAAACGAAAUUUACGUGGUCCUGGAGUCGCAACACUCUAAACAAGGGCGGGGCCAAGCCAACGUGAAAGCGAAAGUCAAAAACUUGCGAACCGGCGCGGUGGUUAUCAAAACUUUCGGAGGCGGAGAAAAAAUCACGCCGGCUCACAUUAGCAAAAAAAACGUUAACUUUCUCUACCGCGAGGGCGACUUUGUGAUCGUGAUGACCCAGGACACCUUUGAGCAAAUUUCUCUCCCAGUCGAGCAAAUCAGUUGGGAGUUAAAUUUCAUUAAACCGGAAAUGGCGAUGGAACUGAGAAUGUUUGGCAGUGAGGUGCUCGGUCUGGAACUGCCUGCUCACGUAGAAUUAGAAGUGAUCGAGGCUCCCGACGCGGUUAAGGGCAACACCCAGAGCAAUCCCCAGAAGAAAGUCAUUUUGGAAACUAACUACGAGUUAGAAACGCCGAUGUUCAUUAAAACCGGGGAAAAAGUGGUAAGCGUGGCCACUCAAAAACUGAUCGACGAACUCGCGAUUAAAACGCUCAAAGUUAACGGCGUGGCGGCGGUGAACCGGGCUAACUCGGGUCACCCCGGGAUCGUGCUCGGCGCGGCGCCGAUUAUCCACACGCUCUUUAGUCGCCAUCUCAAGUUUGACGCUAGCGAUCCGACUUGAAUUAACCGCGAUCGCUUUGUGCUUUCGGCUGGUCAUGGCUCGGCGCUCCUUUAUGCCCAGCUGAGACUGAUGGGUCUUGUGUCCGAAAAGGAGCUCAAAAAAUUCCGCCAACUAGGUAGUCUAACGCCUGGUCAUCCCGAACACGGUUUGACGCUCGGCGUGGAAGCUACCACCGGUCCGCUCGGGCAAGGCAUUGCCGUCGGAGUCGGUCUAGCUAUCGCUGAGGCUCACUUAGCGGCCCGCUUUAAAGAAAUUAGCCACCACACCUACGUACUUUGCGGCGACGGCGAUCUCCAAGAGGGCGUGGCGAUGGAAGCUCUUUCGCUGGCCGGUCACCAAAAAUUAGGGCGACUGAUCGUGAUCCACGAUUCUAACGACGUUCAACUUGACACGCACGUCCAAGACGUUUUCAGCGAAAACUUAGCCCAGCGCAUGACCGCGAUUGGUUUUCAGUACUUACGCGUUGAAACCAACCAAGUCGAUCAAAUCGACCAGGCACUUCAAAAGGCCCAGGCCAGCGAUCGUCCCAGUUUUAUCGAAGUUAAAACAAUCAUUGGUCACGGCGCCAAAUUAGCCGGCACGCCCCGCGUGCACGGCGCUCCGCUCGGCGAUGAUUUUCAAAGCGUUAAGGAAAGUCUCGACUGAAACUUAGGAGAGUUUGACGUGCCCGAAAUCGGCGGAUCGGCCGACUUAACUAGUUCAACCCAAGCCCGCGGCGGUGAUGGCGAUUUUAAACCUUCGCACCGACAAGGACGUAAUAUUUUGUUCGGCGUCAGAGAGUUUGCCAUGGCAGCAAUCGCCAACGGCUUAGCACUCCACAGCGUCUUAAGACCGUUUGUGAGCACUUUCUUUGUCUUUAGCGACUACUUUAAGCCGGCUCUGCGUCUAGCAGCUUUGAUGCAGCUCCCGGUCAUCUACGUCUUAACCCACGACUCGGUGCAAGUCGGCGAAGACGGGCCGACCCAUCAGCCGGUUGAACAGCUGGCGAUGCUGCGCGCGACGCCGAACGUGAAUGUAUUUCGACCGGCGGACGAAAAAGAAGUUCGCGGAGCUUACCAAGCGGCUUUAGCGAGCCAAACUAGGCCGAGCGUAAUCGUUUUAACCCGUCAAAAAAUUAUUUCUUUACCAGCCACCAGCCAAGCCAAAGUUAAAAGGGGGGCUUACCUAGUUAAGGCCGGGCAAAAGCCGUGGACGCUCGUGGCUAGCGGCAGCGAGCUAGUGCUCGCUUACCAAAUUAGUCAAACGUUAAACUUGAACUGCGUUUCGCUCGUUAACGCCGCCAAUGCCAAAGUUAAUUGA